CUCCUGUAAAGCGCAAGGGUGAAAAUGGAAUUACAUAUAACCAACCCGGGGGUCCGUCAUAAAGGACUUGGUUCGAGAAGAAACCCUAGGCGCCGCUGCGAUCUCUCUCCCUCGCUAUCUCUCGGCUCCUUGCCCUCUUCGAACCCCAAGGUGUAAGUGUUAAGGCCGAUCAACAUGUUUACUGCAAGGAAGAAAAUUCAGAAGGAUAAGGGCCUAGAGCCGACUGAGUUUGAGGAGACUGUUGCGCAGGCAUUCUUUGAUUUAGAGAACAAUAACCAGGAGCUGAAGAGUGACUUGAAAGACCUUUAUAUCAAUUCGGCCGUUCAAAUGGAUGUAGCUGGCAACCGGAAAGCUGUUGUUGUGCACAUACCCUAUAGGCUUCGGAAAGCAUAUAGGAAGAUUCAUGUGAGGCUUGUAAGAGAGUUGGAAAAGAAGUUCAGUGGCAAGGAUGUCAUUCUUAUUGCAACGCGAAGGAUAUUGAGGCCACCCAAAAAAGGUUCAGCUGUUGUGCGACCUCGCAGUCGCACCCUCACUGCUGUUCAUGAUGCCACUUUGGAAGAUGUUGUGUACCCAGCAGAAAUUGUUGGCAAGCGUGUAAGAUAUCAUUUGGAUGGAUCCAAGAUCAUCAAGAUUUUUCUGGACCCAAAGGAACGCAACAACACUGAAUAUAAGCUGGAGACAUUUAGUGGAGUCUACCGCAAGCUUUGUGGGAAAGAUGUGGUGUUUGAAUAUCCUGUGACCGAGAGUGCAUGAAGAUGUUAUUAUGGGUGGUAUAGUGAGAGUGCUUAGGUCUUCAAAUCAGGACACAUUUUUGCUGAGAGGCACUUGGUUUGGUUAUUUCGUUUAUUAUGAGAAUUGAAUGUUUUUGGUGACUGCAUGAUCGUUAAUUCCAAUAUUUUGCCUUUACUGCCUUCCCAUGUAAAGGUUUUAAGACUUCAGAAUCAUCAUGGAUUCUACUUCCUUUUAUAAGGGCCUGAAGACAUUCUUUGUUUAAGACUUUGAAUUAUCAUGGUA